GGUGGAGGUGGUGGAGGUGUUAGUUGCAUUGUGGUUAGCCUACUGAGCACACCUUCGCCACACUGGGCAGGUCACACCCACGCCCCCAGCCACUCACCUGACACGCCGCAUACCUGGGGAGCCACACCUGAACGAGACACACCUGAACGAACCACACACCUGAAGAGCCACACACCUACAUAUAUAAUCACACCUGUACUUUUCUUUCUCUCUUUCUCUCGUUAGCCCACCACAUCCCUUCCGCCACAUUCCCCUCUCAUGUUGAUGCCUUGUGCCACACCUACAUAGCUACCGUCCACACAUACAUACAUACAUACAUACAUACAUACAUACACUCAUACAUACAUACAGUCCUCGCCAUGAAGUCUUCAGUGAUGCAGAUUUCGGCUUUGGUGGUGAUGAUGCUGAUGAUGACGGUGAUGACGAGGGAGGUGGAGGGGGGUGAGGAGGGAGGGAAGAUGUGGAGGAGGGAGGAGAGAAUGGAGGAGGAGGAACAGGUGGAGGAGGUAACAGCAAUCGUCCCUCCAGUCCCUCCUCCUCCUCCUCUCCCUCACCCUUCCGUGGAGAGAGGAGGAAGAGUGGAGGAGGAGGUGGAGGAGGAGGAGGAGGAGCUGGAGGUGCUGGAGGAGGGUCACCAUCACCACCACCACCACCGCCGCCGCCCACACCACCCCCGCCCCCCCCACCCACACCCCCACCGGCCUGACCUGAGGGGCAGCCAGGAGACCCCCAUCAACACCACCCCAAUCACCAGUACCACCACCACCCAACACCAACACCACCACCAACACACCACCACCACCAGCACCACCACACAACACCCACACAAAACCACCACGAAGAAGAAAGAAGUGGAGACAGGGAAGAAACACAGAGAGAAAACGGAGAAAGAAAACGGAGACCACCAACCCGAUGACGACGAGGAGGACGAGGAAAACGGAAGCGGCUCAAACCACGACUUGCGGGAUCCUUGGACUUCGCAGGACUCCAGCAUCGAGGGUCCUAGAGUCCUGCCGGUUACGGAGGGGAAGAACCGCCACCAGGAGCCUUCGAUACCCCUAGGACUGCCGAAGGAGCUUAUGCCGAUUCAUCCUGGGGGAGGUUCGCGGUUUGAGGAUCUUGAGAGGGAGCAGUUGGAGAAGGCGAAAAUGGCGCAGACGAAGGACGAGGAUGAAGAGGGAGAUAACGCCUCUUCGUCUCAUGAUGCGGAGGAGUUGUACAGCGCGGCGCCCUCCCUCUGUGUGUCCUCCCUCAUCUUCUCCUUCACCUCCUUCAGGAUACUGCUCUGAAGGACUUUUUUUUUUCUUUUUUUUUCUGUUACUGUUUUUUUUUUUUUCUCCGCUAUUUCCUUAUUUUUUUGUUCUUUCUUCCUUUCUUCUUCCCUUUUCCUAUUCUUCUUUCCUUCCUUCAGUUCUUGCUUCGUCUUUGGGUACUUCAUUUUUCUUCUCUGUCCUUCCUUCCUUCCUUCCUUCCUUCCUUCUCUCUCUUGAAUACCGCUCUGAAGAUUGAUUUCUCCUUGAUUUUUUUUCCUUCCUUGUCUUCUUUUCUUUUCUUUUUUCCAUUCUUUCUUCCUUCCUUGCUUCCUUCCUUCUCUCUUUAGAAUGCUGCUUUGAAGGUUGAUUUUUCCUUGAUUUUCUUCCUUCCUUCUAUCUUUUUUCUUUUUUUUCUUCUUUUUUUCCAUUCCUUCUUUCUUCUUUCAUUCGUUCCUUCCUUUCAUUCUUUCCUUUCCUUCUUUCCUCCAGAUCAUGUUUCUUCUUUGAGUGCUUUUUUUCUUCUCUUUUUCCUUCUUUUCUUUCUUUUUUUCUUUCCUCCAUUUUUUUAUCUUUCCUUCUUUCCUUUUCCUUCUUUCAUUAUUUUUUCCUCUAGUUCUCUCAUUUUGUCUUCCUUCACUUCUUCAUUCCUUCCUUCCUUCCUUCUUGUCUUCUGUUAUCUAGUAUUAUCUCUUCUUCUUCUUCUUCUUCUUCUUCUUCUUCUUCUUCUUCUUCUUCUUCUUCACCCUCAUCUUCUUUGUCAUUUUCCUCACUCUUCUUCUUCUCAUUACAAGGAAGAUGAGGGUGAAGAGGGAGGUGCGUGUGUGUGUGUGUGUGUGUGUGUGUGUGUGUGUGUGUGUGUGUUUGUUUGUUUGUUUGAGUGUGACCUAAUCCAUUCUACCUUCCCUCCUUCCCUUCUUCCUCCCUCCUCCUCCUUUUCCUCCUCCUCCUCCUCCUCCUCCUCCUCCUCCUCCUCCUCCUCUUUUAAACUAGUUAUACUCGAAGACUGUUGAGGAAAUUCCGUUCACACACACACACACACACACACACACACACACACACACACACACACACACACAUGUACGUAUAUCUGUGUGUACGGUUAUUGGCGGCGUCGGUCUGUCUGUCUGUCUGUCUGUCUCAUUUUUCUUGGUAAAUAAAAAAAUGACCGAC